AUGCUGCCACUCAUGAUCCGCGAUGAUAGCGACGGCACUACCGAGACUGCCGUCGUUGACCCGACCCUGCAGUUGAAUCUGGGAUUAUGGCUACUUUUUGCCGGCGCGACAUUUUUCCUGGUGAUGAGGAUAUGGGUGAAAGUCUAUCGUUCCGGCUUGUGGUACGAUGAUUAUGUUCUUUUGAUCUCAUGGGGCAUCCUUCUGGCCAACGAUGCGCUCAUCAGCUACGAAUUCGCUACCGGCUAUGUCAGCCCGACGGGAGACUGGGAUGAACAUAUGCAUAUUCUCAUCAACAUAUCCUCUUGUGGCACGCUUCUCGGACAGGCGCUGAGCAAGACGGCACUAGGAGUUACAUUAUUGCGCAUGAGUAACAAACUGCAAGCGAGCAUCGUUUGGUUUUGCAUUUUCGUCAUGAACGGCUACAUGAUUGCCAAAUGCAUCAUUCAGUGGGCAAAGGUUUGCGACAAGGGUAGCGACUACCAGGCCGAUUACCGUCUAAACUUUUGCAUAUACUCGGAUUUUCGCGACGAUUUUAAAGAGGGUGGUCAAAUUGUCAACAUUGUCAUGGAUUUCCUCUUUGCGUUAUUUCCCUGGUGGAUCACAUGGAAUCUCAAGCUGAGGAAGGUAGAGAAGCUUGCGCUCUGCUUUACCAUGAGUCUUGGCAUGGUUGUCGCAAUUGUUUCUGCUGUCAGAACAGCCUGGAAGGACGAUGGAAAUAAGCAUAAUCCUUGGUACUACUGGCAUAACGCAAUGUCCAAUAUUUGGUACUCGUCGGAAGUCGCUGGAACCAUCAUGGUGCAAUGCAUACCCGUCCUACGGCCUUUAAUCCGGGAGCUCGGCAACUCGUUUUCCUCCCGGAAGCUACCCUCGACAGAAGAUCAGAUUACAGCCGCUACGUGGCAGCGAUAUGGAUACGAAGCGAAAAUCACAUCCAACAGAGACCCGGAGCGUGGCACAGGAGUCAAGGAACCUAUACGAUUGCAGACUUUCGACAAUGGAUUUUCAGAAAGCAGAAAAUGA